AUGGACAUGAAUUCCAUGACAAUGGACAUGGCUAGCACAUCCACUGCAUCUGCGGCUAUGAGCACAGCUUCCUCGGGCAUGUCUGGCAUGUCCGGAAUGGGAGGCAUGGAUAUGGGCAUGGGGGACUCAAGCUGCCAGAUCUCGCUAACAACCUCUCAGAUGCUGUGGAACUGGAAUACCAUUGACGCAUGCUUCCUCUCCACGUCAUGGCACAUCCGCUCGCGUGGCAUGUUCGCCGGCUCCUGCAUCGGGGUCAUCUGUCUCGUGCUGUGUCUGGAGUUCCUGCGUCGCGUGGGCCGCGAGUACGACGCCUUCAUUGUACAGCGCGCACGGCUGCGAGCGCUGUAUCUGUCGGGGCCAUCGGCCGACCUUCUCAUUCAACAGAGUGGUGCCGCUUUCCCUGAGCGUAGGCAGAAAAGCAGCUCCAAAGUGAAUAUUGCCAGCUGCUGCGAGAGCCAUGGUCAUACUUAUACAGACCAUGCUGAUCCUGAUCCCUCAUCCUCAUCCGAUAAUAUCAAGGAUGAUACUAUCACCUCGGCACCAAGUCAGCACUGUGCUCCUCCUAUUCAGACCACAGCGCCGUGUACGCAUUGCAACACUCCCCCCGGAGAACCAAUCUCGAUUCCCUUCCCCAGGGCCACCGCCAAUGGUUUGCCAAACCCCUGCGCGGUCGGCCCAUUCCGGCCCUCGUUCGUCGAGCAGUUAGUACGCGCCCUGCUACACAUGCUGCAGUUCGCAGUAGCGUACUUCGUCAUGCUGCUGGCGAUGUACUUUAACGGGUACAUCAUCAUCUGCAUCUUCAUUGGGGCGUUUCUCGGCUCAUUUAUCUUUUCGUGGGAGCCCGUGUCGCUGUCGAAAGAGUAA